ACCAACCCAAUUUCAUUCAUUGCAAUUCUCUGAAAUGUUUGAACAAGAAACUGUGUGUAUACAGAACUCGUUACAGCAAAAAAAAACCAAAUGAGUGUGUAGGGUAGUACACCCUAACCCUAUUGUCCUACCAAAGUCUUUACUUCUGUGCACAGUUGGCUUGGUUCUAAAAUCCCUCUCGCAUAGUUAGUCAGGCACAACUCCAUUACUGAUUCUCCUUCACUUAUUUCAAGUUUGAGUACACAUAAUAUCGAACCACAUAGCUUGUCAAUUAGAAGUCCUUUAACUUCAUAUUUCGAAUCAAUAGCCUUGCCUUUUUGAAUUCUUUUUAGAAGUUUACUUACUAGAAAAAUGUGCAAACCUCCAAACACUUCUCCUACUUUUUCAGGCAGCUCAAAAAUGGAUGCGCCUUGCAUUGGGAGACGUUGAUGUGAGUUCUCUAUUAACUCAUCCUCACUGCUUGAGUCGUUUGAUGUACUUCCAGAGAUGCCAAGGAAGGCAGACGGGAGAGAUGAGGCUGUAUCCCGUCAUUGGUUGGAAUUAGAAGAUUUGUACUCAAAAAGGUUGUGGCACCAAUUAACAUUGAAGAUUCAAACAUUUAUUCGCCAUGAGUCUUUCAAGACAACUGGACUCUUUGAAAUGUACGAAUGUUUCAUAGCAGAUUUUGAGCACAAACACGAUCGCUUGCAGUUCUCCAGCUGCACUCUGAGACUGCCACUGUUAAAAAGUGGGGUUAGCCUUCUUUACGUCAUACUCAGCCUUCAAACAUAAAGAUUAACCCAUUGUCACUAGUGGAUAUUGCAGUUGUCACAAGUAAUGAAAUAAAAGGCCCAGAUGAAAAGAUCGAAUUCCUAAAAAAUAUAAAGGACAAGGUUAGUUCAUGUUAACCUAGUUUUAAGACAAGAACUAUAUGCCAUUGGCUAUUACUUUUACACUUAGCCUAUGUAUAUAUACCUCUACCAGGAACACACUGUGUUA